GCUCCAUUGGCCAACAACACACACAAAGACAAGUGUAAGUUUUAGGGAAGUAAGAAGAAGAAGAAGAAGAAGAAGAAAAUGGCCAAAUUGUUCAUGGCUUUGCUCUUGGCUCUCGUGGCCACUACAACCCUAGCUAGACCUACGCCAAAUGAGGCCACCUUCAAUGACCAAAAGAACUUCCUCACCUACGGCGGUGUCGGUGGCUACUCCGGCAUUGGCGGCAAUGGGCUCCCAUUCGGUGGUGUAGGGGGUGCCAUAGGAGGAACUGGCCUCGGUGGUGGUCUUGGUGGCGGUCUCGGUGGUGGUCUUGGUGGCGCUACAGGAAUUGGUGGACUAGGUGGACUCGGAGGCGUUGGAGGUGGCUUGGGUGGAGGUGGCCUCGGUGGAACCAUUGGCGGAACUACUGGCGGUCUCGGUGGUGGUCUCGGUGGUGGUCUUGGUGGCGGCGUUGGUGGAGCAUCUGGUGUUACUUAUCCUUGAAAAAUUAUUUAGUUAUGUUUGAUUUUUACUUAAAAAGUUCUUGCAGUUUGAUGUUUGUUUAAUUAAUAUUGUGUCAAGAGAUGUAGCUGUCGAGUUGUUUAGUGACCUUAUAACAUUUGUUUGUGUUUGGUUUUUGUUUAAAUUUGUUUGUGAUUAUCUUUUGUUUGUUCAGUUUCUCAGUAUAAAUCAAACAUCUGUUUGCUAAUCU